AUGGGAAAGCGCAUAGUGUUUGUGUGGAGUCUCAGUUUCUUGAGUUUGCUGUGUUUUGGGCUUUAUGGAUGUGUACCUGUUGACGCAAUCCGAGAAGGGAAGUUUUUAACUUCUCAGGCUAAUAGAAUGGAUAAGGCUGCCAAUGUAGUACUUACAACAGGUGGUUAUGGGAAAGGUAUUGGAGGUGGCAUUGGUGGAGGCGGAGGUGGUGGGGGAGGGUUAGGAUAUGGUUUUGGAGGCAAUAAUGGAGGCGGAUGUGGAGGUGUUGGUGGAGGGAUAGGAGGAGGUGGCGGUUUAGGCUAUGGCGCUGGUGGUGGCGCUGGUGGUGGAAAUGGUAACUGUGGGAUGGGUGGAGGAUCAGGCAAUGGCCAAGGUAGUCCUUAUGGUGGAGGUAGUGGUAAUGGCGGUGGAUUUGGUGGUGGUUUUGGUGGCAGAAAUGGUAAUGGCGGUGGUUUUGGUGGAGGAAAUGGUAAUGGCGGUGGUUUUGGUGGAGGAAAUGGUGGCGGAUAUCCAGGUUAUGGUGGUGGCAUUGGGCAGUCUAAGUUUCCGGUAGUGGCUGCAGGUAGGAACUAA